GCCUAAGUUCAUGUGAAUGUGAAAAUGAAAAGACUUCUAGUAAUAGUAAAAUAUCGAUCUAUAUUAAAUUAUGGAUUAUACAGACAAUUCUCUACAUUUCACGAAGAUUUUCAACAAAAUCAUAUUGAAACAAAUCUUUUACAAAGAACUCUUCUAUCUGUAGGUUCCGCUGCAGUAUCAAUUUUAAAUCCUUACAGGGGAGAUAUGAUAGCUUGUUUGGGUGAAACAACUGGAGAUAAUGCAGCUAAAUACGUUUUAAAGAAAAUGCAAAAUUCAAAUGAAGGUUCCAGAAUACUUGCAGAAAAACCCAGGGUAAAUACUAGAACUGUAGAUAUGGAACAUCUAGCUCAGUUACCUGAUGGUACCAUAGGAAAGACUUAUAGUAAUUUUUUGAAUGAAAAUAAAGUUACACCCGAUUCUAGAUUACCUGUACAAUUUAUUGAUGAUCCGGAAUUAGCUUAUGUUGUACAAAGAUAUCGAGAAGUUCAUGAUUUAAUACAUACAGUGCUGCAAAUGCGGACUAAUAUGCUAGGCGAAGUAACAGUUAAAUGGGUCGAGGCAAUUCAAACCAAGUUCCCCAUGUGUAUAGGAGGUGCUAUCUUUGGACCAAUUAGAUUACUCCCGAAACAUCGACAAUUAUAUUUACAGCAUUAUUUACCGUGGGCUGUCAAAACUGGUACCAAAGCAGAGUUUUUAUUGAACAUUUAUUUCGAAAAGAGGUGGGAACAACCUCUUAAUGAAUUUUAUAGGGAAAUGAAAAUAGAACCUUUGAAGUUUUAAUUCCAGUAGUGUUUAUUGAGGAUUAUUUAUUUAUUUAUACAAAAUUGAACAAUUGUUUCAAGAUAAAAUUGUAUUAUAUUUAUCGAAAAAGUUUGUAAUUUGACUGUUUAUACAUCUAUUAGAUUAUAAUAAAUUAUUUUUUAAAAUGA